AUCCUCAAAGAAAGCUCCGUUACCGUCUGCUUCAAAUUCGACACAAUGGUUUUCAUCCUAGGUGUCAACUUCCCCGAGCAACGGCUUGUGAAGAAGUCUCUCCAGAGCUUCUACGGCAUUGGCCCACAAAUUUCUCAGCGCCUGAUGGCUCGCUUCCAUAUCCAUCCAACGGCCAAGGUGAGCGAGCUGGGCAGUAAGCAGGUCACCGACAUUACAGCCGAGUUGUCCAGUAUGACAAUCGAAAACGACCUGAAGAGACGGUUGCGGGAUAACAUUAGACGGUUAAGAGACAUGGGUGCAUACCGCGGAAAGAGACAUGCAAUGAACUUGCCUGUCCGGGGACAAAACACAAGAACACAGGUUUCUACUGCCCGCAAGCUGAACAGGAUAGAAAGAUGGGCAUAAAUGAUUGUUUGGUGUGGGAAAUUAUUUUGGCUGAUUCAAUUGGGUUCAAUUGUACAACACAGUCUCGUCUUUGGCGUUGGUCACGAAGCACAAUUAAUAUGAUACACUUCAAUUUUUUCUCUCGCUCGACCCAAAAAUGAUUCAUUUGAGAUGCAUGCCGAGAACGGUGGCUAUUUUGAGAAUACUGCAGGACACAUUUCUCUGAAACUAAACACAUUUGUAACAAACUGCCAGGCGGUCAUU